AUGCACUUCCCAAAUGCUCCCGUGGAAUGCAGCCAUUGCAAAAGAACCUACAAAAGUCAUAUUAAACUGAACCUACAUUUGAAAAAAAUUGUCAAAGACAAGUUAUUUGUAUGUGAAGUGUGCUCUAAAAGAUUUUUAACCGAAAAUAUAUUGAAAAAGCAUAUGUUCUGGCACACUGGAGAGCGGCCCUACACUUGUGAAGUUUGCGGAUCCAAGUAUAAAGCGAAGGGGCAAUUGAACUUGCAUAUGAGGAUCCACACUGGCUUUAUGCCCCACAAAUGUCCAGAUUGCGGGAAAGGUUUUCCAACUGGAAAACAGUUGAAACGACACAAAAGUGUGCAUACAGGGAUACGGGCUCACAAGUGUGAACACUGUGAACGUUCUUUUCAUGAAAAGAAAGCACUGGCAGAACAUAGUAUGUUACAUAAAAAUAUUGAAAAUGUCAAACUGGAGACUUAG